UUGCUUCAUCGCGGAGGAAGAAGAGGGAAGAGGCCGAGUGAGAGAGAAGAGGGAGGGGCUUAGCUUAGCCCCAGCCAGCCCUGAUUCCAACCUGCAAGCCCAUCCUGCAACACGCCUCUUUUUCUAUCUGUCUACAACAUUUGUAUACGAAUUCUAUCUGAGAUAUAGAGUCAAGCAACCGCUUUAUUGAGGGACAAAAGAAAGAAUGGAAAAGUACUUCGGAGCACAACUCUUGCUGGGUUACUUCCCUUUUCCGGUGUCACCAUCACUGACCGGACAAUGCACACGCACGCACACGCCUGGCAGAUGGGCCCUCCCGGGUCAGACAGGAAUUGAGAAUGAAUGAAUGGAACGCUUGUUGGGGUUGAUCCAUGGUUCAGCUUCUGUCUCUUGUCCGUCCGCCCGGCCGUCCGGCCGUCCUGGGCAGAAACUCAAGUUUCUGUCUGUCUGUCCUGUCCUGUCUGCCCUUUUGUGUGACCUGCCUACCUAGGGCAGUUGACUGGCUUCUUAUCCCACUGUGGCAUUUGUCGAUGCAUGGUGAUUCAUUUGAAAGGAGAAUGUGGAAGAGUUUUCCAAGGCAAAGUUGCCUUUAUCCCCUCCCACCAUCAGAAUCCCACGAUGGACAGGGCCCUUCUCAGGGAGUUUGGGGAGUGCGACAGAAAAACGAGGAUAUAGAAAAGGUUAAAUCAUCGAUCAUUUCGCAUCCGACCGGAGAGCACUUCCAUUCUCCAUCCAUGAUAUCAGCAGGCAUCGACCCCACCGAUGUACGGUAGGCAAGAAACAGCUUAGAUAGACUACGGGGGCGCCUUUUGGCCCAAACUUUCUUUGUUCGCGGACGUCCGCGACCCUUAAAAGGUAAAAGGUAUUAUGUGGAAAUUGGAUCUUGAGUCAGUUCACGGCAUAAUUGAAG